AAAAUAAAUAACGUUGAAAAGAUUUGAUUUGAUCUCAUAGGAGCAUUGUACUCCGCUGUGUUGACAUGUGGCAUUACUUCUUUUGUGUUCUACUGUCAUCCUUAAAUAAUUUGGCCAAUGCUAACUUUGAAUCUAAUGUUUUCAACUAUCCUAAUUUGCAGGACGAUGUUUUCGAACAACCCGUUAACAUGAUGGCCCCAGCGAGGAAUCCACAUGCGAAGGAUGAAAAUGUUCACAUGGAAGAGAAGAACCAUUACUCUGGCAUUCCUUACGACUGGCCAUCCAUGGAUUCAUUCUUCAGCAACGACGACGCCCUCAAUGAGUACAAUCGAAUCAAGAGACGAGCUAAAGGCACGGGAAAAUUCGAUUCCCUUAACGGACCGAAGAUCAGAGAAAGGCCAAAUCACUACCUAUAUCCGGAGCCGGUGAAGGACAAAAUCCUGCAAUUUACAACGACAACGAAAAAGCCUAGCAUACUCCCGGAUCAGAUGAAUCCGGGCGUAAUAUUCCGCGUACGGAUGUCCGACGCGAUACUCCGGAUAAAACAACGGAUGUACGAAGACCCCGAACGUCAUAUAGAAUCUGAUAUAAUAUAUACUAAUUUGAUUAAAAAAGUAGUAAUGGAUGAAAUAACAAAGUUUCAUAAUUUAUUACUAAUGUAUAAAACGGAUCGUAGUAUAAAAGAACAUCUUGGAGAAUGCGGUGGAAGAAUAUAUAAGUUUAUUAGUUAUAUGACCAUAAAGGUACAUAUAUACUGUUUGUUCGACUCGUUGUGGGUUGAUGGCAACCCUUACGUGAUAGGGGAUGAAUAUUCAGUUACCCCUGUGGAAGUUCCACCUAUGUUACAAUGUGAUGCAGCGGAAUGUAACUCAAUUGUUUUCGUCGACUCAAUAACUGAACCCAAAGAUGUCGAGGAAUGA